AUGACUGAUGAGGAUCCAGUCAAUGUAGAACCCAUGAAUGUGGGUUUACAUGGUGGAUUGGCAGGCUUGAAGCAACAGAUAGAGGCAUCCGACGAUUCAUCGCAGAGCGAGACCGAUCAAUCGGUCGAUAUGCUGACGACAGCGGUGGUUUCAUUCGUUUUCGUCAGUAAGCAGGCAUCGCUUUUCAAUCUGCUCAUUCAGAUGUUGUCGACCAACAAGUUUGCACCGGUACAGAAUCAAUUCAAUAUACCGUUUCAACCGUCACCCGAUCCUUCGGUGGUGAUUCCCGCUCACCAAGAGUCACUCAACAGCAGCACCGGCAGCAGCAGUCCCAAGACAUCGGCACUGAUGUUCAACGUGCUGAACGACGCCAUCAACUCGGUAUCACAGCAAUAUCAAAAGAACUUUUACAUCAAUAUCAUCGAGAGAACCGACAACAACAAUCCAUCGUACAACCAACUGCUUGCCGGUUGUCUAUCGUUCAUCAAUCACAUGCUAUCGGCAGCACCAACUCAUUUCGAUUUCGAGCGAUACAGACAACAAUUAUCUGCACAAGGUGUUAAUGAUAUAAUUAAAAAACAAAUUAAAAAUGUUGAUCCAAAUGUCAGAUCGGAAUUGUUACAUUAUCAAAAACACAAGAUUGCGAAUAUUAAAACAGGAAAACUUAUUAUUGAUAAACAAAGUAUAGAUCAUUUAGUAACAAGAUUAUUAAAAGUAUCAUUUCCAAAUAAAACAUUUGAUGAACCUACGAGUUCUUCGAAUGGUAACACCUCGACAGAACAAAAGAUGAAGAUAUUGGGAUUCCAAAGUGGUGCUACUACAGGAUCGAUUUCAAACACAGAGUUACUGGGAACCGGUAUUCUUGGACUUAGAAAUCUAAUUUAUUUUGGUGCACGUUAUUCACGUAUCUAUCUUGAGAUUCUCAACGUCCAAAUGAAAAGAGAUCAAGAAGAAGCUAUCUAUUCUUUUAUAAAUGUUGCAAUGUGUUUAACAAAUUGUAUCUAUGAAAUAUAUAUUGAUGAUGAGAAUUUAUAUGAAGUUAUAUUCGAUCAAGAUGACUGGUUUGAAGAGAUGUUUUCGAUUUCCUUUGAAUUAUUUGAUGAAAUCUGGGAGAAAGAAGCAAAAGUACCAGAGGAUUUCGUAACUAUUUUACAUAAAACAAGAAAUAUAUUAUCUAGAAUAAAAUGGACAAAUCAAGAUUCUAUUCAAUCAUUCCAAAUUGCUUUGGGAACUGUUUUGGAUGAGAUUUGGAAUAGAGAAGAUGAGAUUGUUGAGGAUCAACAUCGUAGAUUGAUGCCUCUCAGUGAUAGUAUCAUUGGAUUACCACAUGGACAUGGUGGUGGAAGUGGUAGUGGUAAUGGAAAGAGCCACGAACACAGCAAUCUUACUCAUGCAACACAGAGAUUCCAAAAGUUCUUCAAAUCACGUAAGGACAGUAACGAUGAAAUCGGAUUGAAUUCAUCGUCCGGUUCAAUAGCAUCGAAUGUCGAUUCAGCACCACCAUCACCUUCACUACAGGGUUCAACCGAAUCCAGCAACAACAACAAUGCUACUACUGGCGGUCGUAAAGUAACACACAUCAGACACCACAUGAAAUCAAUGAGUUUCAAGAAACUAUUUGAAUUCAAAGAUAAGAAUCCAAAUGGUGGAGCAACUCUGAAUCAAUCUCAAGAGAUUCCGAGAGUGGAUACCGAUGAUGAGGAGUCACGUGAGACUCAGAUCAAGGAGAAGGAUCUCAGCAAUGAGGAGGAGAAGAAAUCGUUCGAGAGAAUCAUCAAGGUGUUGAAGAAUACCGCUGCCACUUUGAAACACAAACAAUCAGGCGAUAAAUCAACGGCAACAAAGAUUGAUACCUCUGCACUUGCUCAGCAGCAACAAGCGGAAGUCAAGAGUGACAGUCUGGAUGUUGUGAUUGUCAGCAGUCAGAGUUCAUCGUCAUCGCUGAAUCAAGAGUUGGAUCAACAGACAACAGUGGCAAUUAGCACCGAUGAGAAUGGACAACACUUUCAAUUCGACGACGUUCAAUCGAUCAACUCCUCUCAGACAUCGUCACCAAAGAUGAAUACAUCGGACAAGUUGAAGGCGAGUGGAUCCGUCAUGUACAAGACCGUCAAGAAGGUGAUGCACUCCAUCGAGAAGAAAGGAAAAACCAUAAAGAAGAAGGUGAAGAAGAGACGUGCGUUGUCCGACCAGCAAAUGCAGGCAGAGAUGACCGAAGAGGAGCGAGCUGCCAAACUCGAAAAGAAACUCAAGAAGAAACAACGAAGAAAGAUGAAGAAUGUACAGUACGAGAAGGAGAACGAUACCAUUGUAUUACAGGUUUCAAACGAGAGUAUCAAUGGUCAAAAGAAGGUUGAUAGAGGUAGUUUCCAAGAGUUGAAUCUUGACUUGGAUGAUCAAUCCGACAGUCUCGAUAGCUCUGACGAUUCCGAAGAUUCCGACGACGAGUCUGGCACCACUGUUGACGAUCUCACCGACAACCAAUCGGAACGACAUCACGGUCUCGCCAUUCCUAAACUCAAGAUUAGCAACAACAUGACUAAAUCCGACAGUAACAGCAGUAUCAAUACACAGACAAGCAACAGCACAUGUGUAUCACCAAAAGAAUAUCCAAUUUCCUAUAGUAAUAGUUCAAGUAGUAAUGAUUUAUUAAAACAACAACCAAAACAACAACAACAACAUAGACAACAACAACAACAAGUUCAGGAACCACCUUCUCCACUUUUACUUACACCAAAAUCAACAACUUCAGAUUCACAACUACAACCACCACAACAAACAUUAUUAUCACCAGAUGCAACAACAACAGAGAAUACAGGUAAUAGAAGAUCUGUUAAAGAUAUAAAGGAUGUUUUCGAUGCACUCGACGAGUUGAGUAAAGGAUAUGUUUCGGCAUCGACUACACCAGUCAGUUCAUCAACUGAACACUCGACCGUCAAUACACCACGCUCCAGCUUGUCAACACCAAGAAGAUCGACCAACAUCAGCAGUAGUACCAAUAGCUAUACUCUGGAUGCACCUGCGAAGCCAGGUUCAAUGAAGACAUCGACAUCGUCGACCGACAUCGAAGGCGAGCAGAAACGAUCGAGCGUCGCACAGAACAACCAAAGAGUUGAGGAGUUCAUCUCUAUUACAUCGGCUAAAGAGUCGAAAGCUAUCAACAUAUUGCGUGAUAACAAUUGGAAAUUGGAUCAGUCGGUCGAUGCCUGGUAUAAUGAUCCAUCCAACAUUCCAGAAGAUAAAGUAGAUUCAAAUUCCUUAGAUUCUCUAUUUAAAUCUUAUAAAGGUAAGAAACAGCAGCAGCUGCAGUUUUAUCUCUACAUAUGUUUUGUUUAUUAA